UCAUAUUUUUCUUUCUUUGUAGUGUACAGAGGCCAAAAAGCAUUGCUGGUAUUUUGAAGGAUUAUAUCCUACAUAUUAUAUAUGUCGCUCCUAUGAGGAUUGCUGUGGCUCAAGAUGCUGUGUAAGAGCUCUCUCUAUCCAGCGACUGUGGUAUUUUUGGUUCCUUUUGAUGAUGGGGGUUUUGUUCUGUUGUGGAGCUGGUUUUUUUAUCCGAAGGCGGAUGUACCCUCCUCCAUUAGUAGAAGAACCUACUUUUAACGUGUCUUACACCCGACAGCCAGUCAACACUGCAUCAGGGUCACAACAACCUGGAGUGCCGUAUUACACAGAUCCAGGUGGACCUGUGAUGAAUCCCAUGGCUAUGGCUUUCCACGUCCAGCCCAAUUCCCCACAAGGAAACCCGGUUUACCCACCCCCACCUUCCUAUUGCAACACACCACCUCCCCCCUAUGAGCAGGUGGUGAAAUCCUCCACGUGAGGACUCUGCCUCUCUGACCUGACUGUGUGAGAAGAAGGUGCAAUUGCAAAAUGACCAAGAUGGAGGGCACCUGCCCUUUUGAACACUUGCUAGUUCUCCAAGUCCUCUCUCCUUCCCUUCCCUGCACCUUUCCUCAUUAAAUUUACUUGCAAAGGGGUGAUUUUUAAAUUUUUUCUUUUUCCUUUUUUUUUUUUUUGUAAUGCUUUUAAUGGAAACCUAUAUUUAAAACCUGUAUGUCUUUCUCUUUAUUUAUUGUUCGUUUCAAUCAAGGUUUCAAUUGCGUUGUGGCAGGUUACUGAUAGCAGUUCUUGCAACCCCAGAGUGGUGUGCAGCCUCCUAAGACCCCACAGCAGAAAUGCCCUCAGCUAAGGGAGAUGACAGAGAAAAAGAAUAAAGGGAGAAGCAGCAGGGCAAUGAUUUUACCAAAAAUUGUCACUACUGUCUUUUGCUUUUAUUAAUUUCUUUUAAAAUUUAAUCCUGAUGUAUAAGAGAAAGAUGCUCUGACAAAAGUCACUGUGACCAGUGUACCAGCAUUGGUUGACUCAUGGCAGGGGCUCUGCCAAGUGCCCUAGGAAAGAGGGACUUAUUACUUUAAAUGAUGCAUCCAAAAUUAAGGACUGGGACUUGAGUUUCCUGUCCAUCCCCUGGGCUUUGCCUCUGUGAUCAGUAUCUUGGCUCUUCUUGUUUUACCAGCACUGAGAUUGUAUGAAACAGACAAUGACCUGGAUGUUGGCACAAGAGGAGGGUGUUACAACCUCAGAGCUACUUGUGCCUCUUGACACAACACUUGGAAACACUGAAAUACUAAGGUUUUUUUUCCCUAAAUUGGAAAAUACUUGCAGUAAGAAGGGAUGGGAGCAUAGAUACAAGUUUACUCCCUUUCACCUUGAUGGGAGUUUAGUCCCUGAGAAAUAUUAUUUUUCAUUACAAUCUUACUGCUGCCACAAAGAAUACCAAGUAAGGCUGUCAUCUUAGGUGACAGAUCUGUAAAUCUGCUCUCCUCUCUAGGUCAGAAAGAUAAUCUUUUUGGACAGGUUCUUAAUAGCAUUUUUUGACCUGAUGCACAGAUGGUUUGGCUUUCAGUACCUCUUAUUUCAAUAUCUCAUGCAUUUUGUUGUGAGUACUCAUGACCAACCCUCUGUGUGACCACAAACAAACAUAUUCACAUAAACCUUUGCCUGUUUAGGGCUCUCACACCCAUCCGUGUCGAGCAAAAAACUGAAGUUGCUCUGAAACAUGAGUUUGUACUAAUGAGACCUUCUCCCUUUGUGCAUAUUCAGUCAUACCACUGAACAGUGACAAGAAGAUGCCAUUGCCUCCUGCUGCUGAAGGACCUGUAAAAAUAACAGCUGAGGGUUUGGAGUCCCAUGUGGUUUUUUAGGUACCAGGUGAAUGCUCCUGUGUGAUGCCAGUUAGGGUACAGAGGUCACACUGAGGUGGUUUGGAAUAACCUGAAGUUGCACAGGGAGCCAAAGAUUUAUUGUGCUGUUGUUCUGUGCUACUGGCUUCUGAGAACUCGUUUCUAGGUAGCAAGCUGGAUUUGCAAAACAUCCCUUUUGCUGUGAAUAUGAGUGUCUCACAGAAAAACUUGUAAGGGCCACUGUUUCUGCUGAUGGAGUCAGUAGCCAUCUGGAGAAGACCUAGCACUGGAGAAGUUCAUUCCUGCAUACCUGACUUGGGUGAAAUUGUAACCAAAGCUUUCCCUUACUGUGCAUCAUAAUAAGGAACAAAGCAAAGUCCUUCUGUGUGUGUAGUCUUAGGCUUGAGGGACACUUCAGAUAACAAAAAUGAACAUUUUAUAGAUGAACAUGACAUCCAUCUGCACAUCACAACUGUAUAUAUUUUCUAAAUUAGCUUGCACUUGAAGUGUAAAAGGUGUAUAUGUCACUGAGUAUGGUUGUGUUUACAGAACGUAAUUUUUUAAAAGCAAAUCCAACCUUUUUCUGUAAAUAGUAAUGGCAACAGACCUCAUGUUAAUAGAUAGAUGUUGUUAAGUCCUUUUAUAUUAUGGAAUGUAUCUAUGACAACUGGCAUUGUCCUGGACACAUUGAAUAGAAGCCUUUGUUCAGAGAAAUUCAA